AUGAUGGAGCUUCAAGCAUCGAUUCAGCUGGUGAGUGAUUAUCGCCCCGGGGGCGACGCCUCAAACUCGCGCUCAUCACUUCUGACCGCCGUGCGGCAGCUUGUGGCGGCUCUGAGUGACAUUGAAAAGAUUGGCGAAGGCAUUCGUCCCCUUGUCAAGGCACUCGUUACCGCAUCUGUGCACCUUCCAGAGGAAUGGGAUGAUAUUCUCAGGGCCCUACGCGGUGUGCUCGAAACUACCUCUGUGCCGUGGCUUCACCGGGCCUUCUUGCUUAAGGCCCUACCGGGGAUGCUCCUUGGCGCACCGGUGGGGCAGCGCAGCCAGUAUGGGGAUGCACUCUGCGAGGUGCUUGUGCGCUGGUCCCUGCCCCCGCCGGGGAGCGAGGAGGGCGAUGCGCAGAACGCACAGGACGAGGCAUCGCAGAAUCCUAACCCACAGGAAAGACGCGUUGCGCUGACGGCCCUUAUUAGUCUUCAAGAAGAGUGCGCUGUCUCUAUCGUGGAGAAGCUGACGGCGCAACUCCCCCGCUCGCUUCCAACGUGUGUCUCAAUCGUGUCAAGCCCUUCCGCUAAAGAAUGCUUGAAAAACGCGUUUGAGUCGUGGCUCUGCCUUCCAUCGCCGUCGGCGGAGGCAUCCUGCACCCUGGAACUUCAAAAGGCAUUGAGGGAACAUUUUCGCGGCUAUGGUAGCUCAAGGUGUGAACAGCUCUGCGCUGCGCUUAUAUCACAGGAGGCACCAAAAAGUGUCACUGAGCUGGAUGCACUGCAGAAGCAACUGCUGGAACUGGAGGAGGUAGAAGCGUCGCAUCGCAACAUUGUCAGCAACCGGCUCUCUUUGGCGUUUCUGCUGGCCAAGGCCACAGAAGUAUUGGACCUCGUGUACUCAUCAGAGCAAAAGUGCUUAGAUAAGAGUGUGGAGGACUUUACCGUGCCGUUAUCUGUCAUUCAGUUGCUCGUGCAACUAACCAGCGUGGCGUCGGUGACACCUGACAGUCUAAGUAGUCAAGAACUGCAGAAGCUUGCCGCGUGUCUCGUGGCGGUCGAGAGUGCAGACGCAGCUCUGGAUGCCCCUCUGCCAAUUAUUGAGUGCGCCCUCUACCUUGUUCUUCGCGCGCUGCCCUGCACGGCGGCCACAGAUGAAGGCGUGCGGCCUCUGCUGAGUGAAAUCUUUCGCGUCGCCGGCACUCUGCUGCCCGUCGUGGAGGAUGCGGUGCUGAAGAUUCACUCCGCUGCUCCCCUUCUGCGUGAGCAGCAGCACGCAGCUGAGUUGAAGACAAAGGCGGAUGGCGAAGAAGGCCCGACGCAGUCGGCACACCCCAGCUUCACGGCGCUGCGUGUGGCCCAAACGGUGGCGCAGUUGUGCCGUAUUUGUAGGAAAAAACUGCAGCCCGAUGGGGUGAAGCAGCGAGACGAAGAAGGCUUAUGUAAUGAGCUCGAUGAAGUCGCUGCAGCGGUGCGUGGUGUCACUCCGUCAUGGCGAAGGGAUAAAGCAAAAACUCAACGUUCACAGGCGCCAGCAACCUCGCACUCACGUCGGGUGGCCGCGGACACCGCGGGAAGCAGAAAAGACCGGUAUCAUUCAUACAAACAGCAACGCCACGGCGAUCGAGGCGGUGGGCAUCCUCCUCCAAAGCGUCGCCGCCGUGACGCGCCACAAAAGUAG